UUAGGUGGGAGCAGUCUCGCGCAACUUGCUGAGGUAACAGUCGGUUUGUAGCAACAGAAAAGCCCAUCAUCUGAACAACGGGACGGCGGAGUGAGGCUACUGUCGACCUCCAGUCUUUUUAUAAGGUGGCCAAAUACAACCCAGUUCUUAACAGUUCACACCAACGCACACCCAGAGCAGCAGGAGGAUGGCAGUGAAUGUCUACUCCACCUCUAUGAACAUAGAGAACCUCAGUCGCCAUGACAUGUUGGCAUGGGUUAACGACUCUCUACAGCUCACCUUCACAAGGAUCGAACAGCUUUGUUCAGGUGCUGCCUACUGUCAGUUCAUGGACAUGCUGUUUCCAGGCUGCAUCCUGUUGAAGAAAGUCAAGUUUAAUGCUAAACUGGAACAUGAAUACAUUCACAACUUCAAGGUCUUACAGGCUGCGUUCAAGAGAAUGAAUGUGGACAAGAUCAUCCCUGUGGAGAAACUGGUGAAGGGGAAGUUUCAGGACAACUUUGAGUUCCUCCAGUGGUUUAAGAAGUUCUUCGACGCCAACUACGACGGGAAAGAAUAUGACCCUCUUCAGUCACGACAGGGACAGGAAGGAACGCCGCCUCCUCCAAACCCAGGCCCCAUGAGAACGUCUCCUACAGCACCAAAGAGCGUCCCUGCCCCCCAGAGGCAGAUCAAUGCACCUGUUCGCAGGAACACUCCAGUCACUCGAAAUGGAGGAGACGCUGAGCUCAUAGAGCUCAACCAGCAGCUGCUGGAUAUGAAGCUGACUGUAGACGGACUGGAGAAGGAGAGGGACUUCUACUUCGGAAAGCUAAGAGACAUCGAGCUCAUCUGCCAAGAAAACGAAAACAACCCAAUCCUCGGCAAAAUCAUGGACAUAUUGUAUGCUACAGAGGAGGGUUUCGCGCCACCAGAAGAUGAAGACAUUGACGAAGGAACACGAGGAGACCAGGAGGAGUACUAAAGUCUUCAUCUUCUCUUCAUCACCAUCAGUUUGUCAUCCCCUCCCCUCUCAUUCUUUAAUUGUCAUAAUUGUCAUCACCUUCUCUCCCUUUUGCUCCAUUUAUUUUACUUUUUACACUCUUUGCUUACUUCUCCCAUCUCAUCUGUGGCUGUCCAUAUCCAUGUCGACUUUGCUGAACAGCCUCUUACUAGCAAUGAACACUUAACCCAGACCUGUCAGGACUAGGACUGGCUUGGCUUACUCAAUUUAUUCUAACCUGCUACCAGAGUGGACAGCUGUACUGCUAGUCUGUCUGUGGUUUAAGGUUAAUAGCAAUGAGAUUACAGGGAUCCGGCACUGGCAGCCUGGAGCCAACAGUGCUAUCAAUCUGUCUGUCUGAAGAGGUGGGUCACUUUCUCUCACCGCUCACUACGACUGGUGACCGCACACAGACACUAUACCGUACACCAGGGUUCGCUAAACACUUUAUUUAUGAAAUCACACUACAUUGUUCACACAAUGUGACCAGUUUUCGGAUAUUUCAGAUGGGAAUUUCAUAAGAUUAAAACAUUCAAAGCGUGUUCGGUUCAGUCUAGAGGCCUGCACAUGCACGUUUUACAUAAUACAUAUGAUGACACAUGUGAACUUAUAUAUAACCCACAAACAUAUCCCAGACUUUGAUCAGCUCACAUAUACAAGCAUAAAACAUCAUCAUUCUGAGGUAAAAACUAAAUAAACAAACAUCACAGUGUAUGUACUUUUCAAGUUGUCUUAGCAGAGAGGGUGCUCAUGAAACUGCUUCUUUAUGAGACAGCAUGAUGUAUUUAUGUUUUUAUUUAUUUAUCUUUUUUUAAUCUGCUCUUUACAGUUUCAGAAAAAAAUGUGUGGUUUUGGAUUUGGGGAAAUUGAAGGUCUUGCACUAAAUGUAGCAAAAUGAGAUGACUGAAAUGAUCCAAAAUGCCAAGAUGCAGUGACUGGCUGAAGCCAGAAAGAUACAGGAAGAUGCAAUUUUAUAUUUUAUAGGUUUGUUUUAAAGAGGUUUGUUUUUUAUUUGCAUUGAAUUCCUCAAUGGCCAAGUCAGAGGCAUCAGUGUAAAACAUAUUUAUCAAACGUCAGGCUUUGAAAUUCUAUGAAUGAACAAAUGUAAAAACAUGAGACUACAGACAGACACUACUAAGUACUAAUGUUUGACUGCAUUAAUUGAGUUAAACAUUGUAGCUGCUAUAUUCUUCUUUUGCCGUUUUUCAUUGAGUUUUCAUGUGUUGCAUAGCGUUAAAACGCCACAGUGGCUGCCGAGGAGCUACAGGGGUGGUUUGGAAUUUGACUUUAGACGUACUGGUCAGAGAGAUGAAACAUCAUCUCCUCUCACUGUUGCUGUGGCAGCCUUGUGUUAAACUUGCAUCAUUUGGAGUUACUGCUGGAAUGAAAUAAAGUUCUGAGGUUUAAGAAAAGUAAA